AUAUUAAAUAACAGUCUUUCGCGGUCCUCGCACCGAAACGCACGCGUGUGUUGUACCAAAUGUAGCUAUGACCGAUCUAAGACUCGCGAUAAAUAAGUUUGAUUUAGUGCAAUCUGUUGUGGAAGUUUUUGAUUACUAAACGCUGUGGACUUUACAAGGAUUUGUGAAAAAUGGCCGCCAGAAGAAUAAGUUUGCACCUGCGUAUCUUUGCAAUGAUAAUAUGGGCAGCCAGUGGCGGUGAUGGCUAUAACUGUCCAUAUGGGCAAAAUUGCGGAUUCGAGCCCUCGCCGCCUGGACGUUCACCACCCUGUGCUCAACCAGGCCUCACGUUUUGCCUCCAUCCAGACCAAUAUCCAGAACAUGUAAUCCGCAAGCUGGUACAGGCUGGCCAGUACGAUAUACGGACUCUUCUCUCAGAUGAAAGUCGGGAUGAUUUCGAAGCGGUGAAGAAGGAUGCUUAUCCUUACGGCUAUGGACCAAACUCCUUGCCCCACGUGGACCAGAUAUCAUUGGUUAAUGAUGGUGCUAAUUAUCAUAAGGACUACAAUACAAAGUUUCAAGCGAGGUUUAAUCAGGAUAUAUACACGGCAAAGACUCCCUUGCAACCGCCAUCAUCAAUCGAGCCAACUCCGUACAACAUCAAAGCUUUUCAGGCGACGAACUUUUCCAAAUUCGGUUUCCAAGGUUACCAAAGCUCUCCUAGUUAUUGGAAUAUAAACGAGAAGAGCUUGAAACAGAAUAGUGUGACCCCAAACCUUGGUGUCUAUAACCCGAAUUAUUUUAACCCAAACUUUUAUCAAAACUACGAAAACGAUUGGUUGAGACAAGCGUCGACUGGAGUGACGGAGUACAAUCCUAGCGAAUGGUGGAAAUACAUCUCACCAUCUCAAUCCAGCGAUGUUACGAUUCAGAGAUCUAUAUCAUUUCCAACACAUCCUGCGGGGCACGGUCGGCAUAGGCGCAACGCUGAAUUGGUGGAGGCAUCUGCAAAAGGGCCUUUGACAGGCGCAGAAGCGCUCAGGAUAGCUUUGGGACUUGCCAGUGAAGACCCAUCCGCUGAACGUCCCAGGCGUCAAGCGGCAAAUACCAUCAACCUAUGCCAAGUGAGGACCCGGUUUGUUCAACCGCAGGCAGCUCAAAACAACAAAGGCAACUGGCGUUAUGUUGUCAACAUGUCUGACAAUAUGACACAGCUUGUUCGAGUAGAAACGUGCGCAUCCUCUGAAUGUAGUGGAUUAUGCAGCAUUCCUCGUGGGUACUCAUCACGAUGCGAGCAAAAAUACAUUCAAAAACGUUUAGUAGCCCUACAGCCGAGUGGAGAAACACUGUAUACAGAUGUAUUUUGGAUUCCUAGCUGUUGCCAAUGUACUAUCAUUAAUAAUAAUUAAAUUAUGUUUGCGCUACUCGUAAAGGUUAUACCGUUGAUGCUACUCAACGAUAGAUGGCGUAUUAUAUAAAAGCUCUCUUGUAUGUGAUUUUUCAAUGUACUUGUUCCUUAUUUAAAAUUACAUCAUAUAUAACAAAAUUGUGUUGAAGUUUAAGUUAAAAGUUAUGUGAGUAAAAGUAUUUAAAGAAGUAUUAUUAAAAUACAAUGUAAUUAGUAAUACCUAUUCUAGCUUUCUAUUUCUUGAAUAUUAAUAGCUUUUAUAAAAUAUGAAAAUGUGAAAACUUUAAAAAUUGUUAUAUUAUUAAUACACAUACUAUCCUAACAAUAAUUGUAAAUAUAUCGAACCAUAAUUGAAAAAUAGUAAUGCGGACACUGUCUAUAAUAAUGUAAACAAUAUGCCAAGGCGCCAUAUUUCAGAUGUAUAAAACAAAUAAAGAUAAAAUUACGUUUUUGAUCUCUCAGAUCCAUUCUGAGCAUUAAUACACUUGACUUGCAUUUAUGUGCAAUAAUAUUUUGUAAAUAGAUAUAAUAAAUAAAUGGAAAUUA